AUGGCGAUGAGUUACAUUGGCAAAGCUAUUUCCCUCAUCUCUCAUUCCGAUGUUCGUUACCGCGGCAUCCUGGCCGGGAUUGACCCUGCAAACUCGACGAUACAGUUGUCGAAUGUGUACUCCAUGGGGACUGAGUCACGACGGCCACCCGCAGAGUUCAUCCCGCCCAACACCGAACCUUAUCAAUACAUCAUCUUUCGCGCGUCCGAAGUGAAGGAUCUUGCUGUUGAUGAUCCAGUACCGGCUCGGAACGUUAAUUCUGACCCGGCUGUGCUCGGUGCAGCUCCGAUGCCUCCAAGUGGUUACGGUUUCGGGCAGCAGCCUGUGGGUCUUGCGCCACAACCACCUAUCAAUGGUGGAUAUGGCCAACAAAUCCCCAACGGACCCUCUCCCGGAUUCGACCCUUCACAACAACAAGCACGGAGCCAAGCACCUCAACAGACCCCCGUCCCUACCCGAUCACGGAGCGGUAACAGCGUCUCUACCGCGACCGCGUCGCUUCAGACGGUCGAGCGCGCCAUUGGGGAUCUACGAGGUGGCGAGCGGGAAGGGAACAACAACCGUCGUGGUGGUGGUCGAGGAGGGCGUGAAAUCAAGGCGGGCGACCUGCGCGUGCCGGUGACGGACUUUGACUUUGAGAGUUCGAACAAGCGAUUCGACAAGAACGCGAUCAAGAGUCCGGGCACGGACCACCCCGCUUCGCCGGGUUUGGGAGCGGACGGCGAGGCGCCUGGCGAGGAGGAGCACGCGGAAGAGCCGGCGUAUAACCCGAAGAAGUCGUUCUUUGACUCGUUGAGCGCGUCGACCGGCGGGGGCUCUGCACCGCACGAGCGUGGCAGGGGUCGGGGACGGGGCGGCCGGACGCGCAGGGAAGAGGAGAGGGAACGGAACGUGGCGACGUUCGGAGAGCCCGGCGGUGUUGGUCUUAUGGGCCCUGGCGCUUACGUUGGUGGAUGGGGAGGGUAUGGACGGCGAGGUGGCGGCCGCGGCGGUGCUGGCGGGCCUAGGGAUGGUGGAAGGAGGGACGGCGGUCGCGGGAGGGCCGCAGCCGGUCCACGAGCUUGA